AUGGCCGAAAUUCAGGCCGAGGACGAUCGGUCCGUCGAGUUGUCCUCCAUCGCUGCCAUCUACCCAGAAAUCAAGAUCGACCCGGAUAAUGCUUUCAAGGCGACUCUUGAGCUUCCUGUAACCCUCCCGUCGCCUGCUCAAGUCUGUUUUCAACAGCCGCUCGAUGUCGGACCCCCGCCGGCGCUAACACCGCCCACCUCCGUCGAUGGCUUCAAACCCGAUCUGGGCCAAACGGCCGCUCGUGACCUGCCCGAUGGAUAUCCCAACGAAAAACCUCCGAUUGUGCGGCUUACGACCCAUCCGUUCUGGCUGCCGCCAGCAGUCCUCACGAAAUUGACCGACGAUUGCUCUCGAUUGUGGGAAGAAUGCGGGCGGGAUAUGGUGGUCUUUACCUAUAUUGACCAUCUUCAACAAUCGGCCGAGUCGGCUUUUGGAAUUCAGGAUACUACGGACGGAGAAUUAUAUCUAUCACGGGACCUGAAGAUUGCAUUAUUGGAUUUCAACAGCAAGGCCGAGCGUGAGAAGUUUGAGCAAGAAACCUUCGAAUGCGAGGUAUGUCUGGAGCCGAAGAAAGGCGCCAAUUGCCACCGGCUGUUGCGCUGCGCCCACGUCUUCUGUGUCCCCUGUCUGCAAGACUUCUAUAACACUUGCAUUGCGGAAGGUGAUGUGGACAGCGUGAGGUGCUUGGCUCCGGACUGCGAAAAGAGCCAGAGCCCAACACUUGCGCCUGGCGACGGCCAGAUUCCUCGCCGUAAGAAGCGUGACCGUACGCUCGGCCCGAGUGAGCUCCUUGAAAUCCCUCUAUCCACAGAGACAGUACAACGAUAUGUCUUUCUCAAGCGCAAGAAGAAGAUCGAAUCCGACAAGACCACAGUAUAUUGCCCACGCCAGUGGUGCCAGGGUGCAGCCCGAUCAAAGCGGCACCCUAAGCCCACUGACCCAAUGGCCGAUGCCGACGACGCCGAUGCCUCGGGCGAUGAGGAGGAAGCCACUUAUGACCCACUAGGGGAAAAGGGAGAUCUUCCUCCUGUCGCUGAGCGAGUCGCUAUAUGCGAAGAGUGCAACUACGCUUUCUGCAGCGUCUGUCGAAAAGGCUGGCAUGGUGAACUUGUCAGGUGCAUGCCCCAGCGCAAGGUUGAGGAGUUGUCGGUUGAGGAAAAAGCCACCGAAGAAUACAUGCGUCUGUACACUUCCCAAUGCCCGACAUGCACCGUCCCCUGCCAGAAACGCAUGGGCUGCAACCACAUGCGUUGCUUCCAGUGCGAUACGCACUUUUGCUAUCUGUGCUCUGCCUGGUUGGUCCCCGACAACCCGUAUAGUCACUUCAAUCAAACCAGCAGCACAUGCUAUAACCGCCUGUGGGAUUUGGAAGGUGGCGAUGGACUGGACCCAGAAGGUGCCGAAGCUCUGCACCAGAUCCCAGAAGCACUGCUUGUCUUCGACGACGAGGAUCACGAUGGAGCCCCGCAAGAUGUCGGGCUUGAGAACGACUCUGACAGUGACUGGAGCUCCUCAGAUGAGGAUGACGAUCGCCCAGAAUGGGACUUUGACUUUAGCGACGACAAUCAAGAUCGCCACCACCGCCCUCCUCCCCCUGCACCCGUACCUCCUCGCGUUCCAGACGCAGCCCGCGGUCCCGGUGCGAACAAUCCGGGCCCUGAUGCCGCAGCCCGCGCAGCCAUGGAGCGCGAAGAACAAGCUCGCGCCAUGGCAGAAAUCCGCAAUCGCAACCGUAACCGACCUGCGCCGCGAGUGGAGCAGCCACGUAAUGGCGUCCCUCAGGAGCCGCGUGGUAUGAUCGGGCUCCAGCGGUUCUUGGAGCUAGUGCAGAAUGACCGAGAGGAUGAAUGGGAUAGUGAUGAGCUAGAGGAUUUCUAA